CAACAAUAACAGACAUUUUGCUGUAGGUUGCGUGGGGUGAAGCCUAUAGGCUAGAUCGAGUUUACAUCUAUUUGGUCGUUGGCACCCUUUGAGGAUAUUUAGCAAAACAAGACAGAGCGUAGGCUAGUUCCAUAGGCUAGUUCCCGUGAAUACCACGGUCAGCGCAAGGCAUGACACCAGCCAAAUGACCAAAGCGAAUGUCACACCGGACUUAAUAAGAAAAACAACCGUGGACCAAGAGAGAAAGGGAUUUUGUCAAUGGACGGGACAUAGCAGUGCUGUAUGAGAAUUUAAGCUAAUCAAGUGCUAGGGGAUGUCGAUUUUCAGAUGAAGAUAUCAUGUAACGUGAUGGUCUUUUUCUCCUUGCAUAACCACUGAUAAAGGAUAGGCUACUGUUUCUUCCUUCAUCAAGAGCAAAUUUGAUUGCAACGACAGAAGAUCUGUCACCAGAUUCAAGGUUAUUUGGAAGUUAACGUUAGAGUAACGUAGAGUCAAAAUGAAGUUCGCACAACUUUUGCUGAACAGCGCAAAGUCUAACAUACCAAAACAAGUGGACCGCUUUUCCAAGUUUUCACCUUCACCGUUAUCGAUGAAGCAGUUCAUCGACUUCGGGUCUGCCAACGCCUGCGAGAAGACCUCGUUUGUGUUUUUACGCCAGGAGCUUCCUGUUAGACUCGCAAAUAUCAUGAAAGAGAUAGACUUCCUUCCAGACAAGCUGCUUCGCACCCCAUCCUUGCAAUUGCUCCAGAGCUGGUAUGCACAGAGUCUCAUGGAAUUAGUGGAUUUUCUAGAAAAAGAUCCUGAUGACAAAAAGGUCUUGAAAAAGUUCACAGAGACGCUUGUCAAUGUGCGAAAUCGGCACAACAACGUUGUGCCCACCAUGGCCCAGGGAGUGCUGGAAUACAAAGAGGCCUUUGGUGUCGACCCAGUGACCAAUCAGAAUGUGCAGUACUUCCUGGACCGCUUCUACAUGAGUCGUAUCUCCACCCGCAUGAUCAUGAACCAACACACGCUAAUAUUUGAUGGAAGUGUCAACCCAGCCCACCCUAAACAUAUAGGCUGCAUUGAUCCCAACUGCGACGUGGUGGAGGUAGUGAAAGAUGCCUUUGAGACCUCCAAGAUGCUGUGUGAACAAUACUACCUGACCUCCCCCGAAAUGGAGAUCAAGCAAGUGAACUCCAAAGACCCUGACUCGCCUCUGCACAUCGUCUAUGUCCCCUCUCAUCUAUACCACAUGCUGUUUGAGCUCUUUAAGAAUGCCAUGAGAGCCACAGUGGAGACCCAUGAAAACAGCAUAUCUAUCCCACCUGUUAAGGUCAGAGUGUCACUAGGUAGUGAAGACCUGACAAUAAAAAUGUCAGACAGAGGUGGUGGCGUUCCUUUGAGGAAGAUUGAGCGUCUCUUCAGCUACAUGUACUCCACGGCACCAAGUCCUGUGAUAGACAAUGCGCGCAAUGCUCCUUUGGCAGGAUUUGGCUACGGCCUUCCCAUUUCACGUUUGUACGCCAAGUACUUCCAGGGUGAUCUUCAGCUCUACUCCAUGGAAGGCUAUGGAACAUCUGCUGUCAUCUACCUGAAGGCCUUAUCCACGGAGUCUAUUGAAAGGCUUCCCGUCUUCAACAAGUCUGCGCUAAGGCAUUAUCAGACGAGCAUAGAGGCCGAUGACUGGUGCAUCCCCAGCAAGGAGCCCAAGAAGAUGGGGAAGUAUGAGUUUAGCGUGUAAAAUUGGACAGAUAACAGUGUGUGAUGACAGAAGAGAGCAAGAGAAUGGAGUCACUCCUGUUUCACUCCAAGCUGAGGAUCUAAGCAAGUUGUUGGCUUGGAUGCUGUGUAAUGUGGACAUUGCUUUCUCACGGUGAAGUCUUCUGUAUGACCCAUUGUGCGGGAAUAGCGCAUGUAUUAUUAUUGCUGAGGCAAGAUAUCGUUUUGACAGAUGACAUAAAUGUCACAAUCAUCAGAUAAUGGGGCAUUUGUAGAUCUUAGGAGACACAUUUUCUUUCAUUAUUUCAGUUUAUUUCUAACAUUGUAGCUCAGACUAACAACUAAUGUUAACACUAUAUUUGCCAACAGAGUCCAGAAAAUAAGUUUUUGUCUUACAAGACACAAGUCUACAUGUACUGUAGCCUCAGUCAUUUCAACUACUUGAGAAUUUCAAUGCAAAGAUGUAUCACUGGAUUUUACAACAGUGGUAUUUGUUUCAUGUCUCAGUGAAUUUCAUCGUUGUACCGCAUAACACAACCUGUCACUGUGAGGAUAGUUAUAGUGCUGGUCACAUUUAAGAAACCUUUAUGUCUUCUUUUUCGUCCAAUGUGGACUGACUAUAGUAAGCCUGUAUAUUCAUUUCACUUCUGAAAUUGCCCUAAUCAAACUAACAAAAAAGAAAGGAGUUUUGAAGACAGACCUCAACAUGACUGAAGAAAGUUAAGUUUGGGAGAUUCAUAUGCAUUAUCGUAUUUCAUAAGAAGCAUGUAAGAUAUUGUGAGAGAGUACCAUUGACAAUAGCAUCAGUUGUAAAUGAAUUACGAUAUAAAAAUCAUAAGAACAUCUUUUGUUAAAGUAAGAGAGAGAUGUGGUGGUAUAGGUAGUGUCUCAUGUAUUUAUCGAUACAUUUUAUAAUUGUUCAAAAAGGCCAUAUACAGUAAGAAGCAAACAGACAAACAAACAAAUGUCCAAGUAGUUUAAAUGGCCUUUUUCAAUUAGAUAAAUACACAGAAAGAGAGCCAGUAUAGAAUUUUCAAAUUAUUACCAUGACCAUGGUGAGCUCAUGGUAAGCUCUAUAACUGUUAUGGAGAAGUUCAGUGAAAAACUCAUACAAAAAUGUUUUUCUUGUUUUAACAAAAGAUUUGCUUUUUAAUGAAAUGUAUACUAUUUUCAGAAUAUAUAACUUACUGUAGAAUCUAUGUGCAUGUAUUAGUGAUAGAGGCUUGAAAGCUUGCAUUGGCAUCUGGGUAUAAAGGGAUUGAUAUGUUUUAAAUUGGAGUAAAUUCAGGGGUUCUCAAAAUUCAAAAUAUUUUUGUAUGGACCCACCGACCAUAUGUAUUUCCAAGACACUCCAUUUAUUUAAUUUGCCACUUUAAAUGAUUUGCAUCAGAGGUUUUUUUAAUGUCAAGGUACAAAGUUACAUGAAUGACACUUUUUGAUAAAACUACAAUCACAAUAUGCCAGAUCUGCUAAUGAAGCUAACUACCAGAGCACUUGCCAGAUUUGAAAACAAACCUCCAUACCAGUCUCCUGCAUUUUUGUAUUUGGCUGAAACCCAGGAAGUCCCUGAUUGCUGAGUUUGCUAGACCUCCUAAUUAGUUAAAAUCCAAGGGGUAUUGUGAAAUUUCCAACAGGAGAGAUCAUUCUACCCAUUGUUCAAUGACUCUGGUACAGGGAAGCCUGAUGUGAUCAUACAUUCAGAUUAACUAAAAAACUAAACAAUUACAUACUGCACCUUUAAGAUCCAAAAGGUUACUGUGUAUUUAUCUUGUUGCCAAGAGAGGUGCCAAACACCAGCAUAAUGUAGCCCAUGAUAAAAGUCUUUGAGUCUGUCAAUAUGUGUGAACUUUGACCAGAAGAUUGUUUGUGUUCCCUCCGACUGGCGACGUGUUUCCCCUGCCAGGGUGUGGGCAUGUCUGCUAAGGACAGUUCUUCAUUUGCCAAUCUCGCCAGAGCAAUACGAAUCAAAUGCAUUUUAGCCCAUGCCAACACAACGCAAACAAUUGCCUGCCAUUCUGUUUUAUUCUAUGUGGGGGACCUUGAAUAAUGACUGCAGUCCUUUUGUUAAGUUGAGGUAUUCGUGUGAACAUAUCAGCUGUGUAUUGAUUGCUGCAGGCUUUCUACAUCAGUGGGGGCUUUCAAUGAUUUGCACACAGAGCAAUGUGGGGGCCUUAAGCAACUGUUUUGGUGAAAAAAAUAUGCUGUAAUGUAGUGUGAGACUUUGAGACUAACAGCUCUGCUUAUAUUCUUUACCUUUAUUAACCUUUGGUCUAAGUUGGUGCUUUUUGAGAUGAAAAGACAAUGUUGAGAGAGGAUGAGCAUGAUAACUAAUUGUCAUUGUUUUGUUUUUACCUCUUCCAUUAUAUUAUAAUAAUUAAUAAUGAUUUACUCCUCUAUUUUGUAUGGUCUCAGGUUAUAGAGGGUAAGCCAUGUUUGCUGCACUUCUGUUAUUUUUGUAUCACUCUGAUGAUUGCUGUGCCUAUGUGCUUGUAUGUACUGUACAUGUGCCUGGUCAAAAGAAUGAUUAGUUGACUUUCACUCAGUGUUCCUCAAGGGAAUUGCAGAAUUGCUGGUUUUGAGUGACUCCUCAUUAAAAUUAAUCAUCUUGAA